AUGUUUGACAUUCAGAAGUACUGUGAACACAAUGAGUAUGAGUUUUUCUCCAUAAAGUACUCUAAACAUUACUAUGCAAACAGAGGAAUGAAAUAUCAGUACUCGUUCUACGAUUCCCCAUACGGAGAACGUCACCCGCUGUUUGCUGCUCCGAGCCAACCUGGCCUGGCCUACCAUCGCCACCUGCAGCCGCCGUGCUACCAUAGUAUGGUAACGACACAACCAGUGCCAGGUCCAAGCAUAGCCAAUGGACCCGUUUUUCCUCCAGGAGUUGAGCCGCAUCGAAAUCCGUUUGCAGUGCAAAGACCAGUGCAACCACCUGAUGAAGACUCCGAAGAAGACGGCAUAAAUUGCUCGCCGUGCUGUGAUAACGAGAACGUG